AUGGAACUACGACAAGUAAGGUUUUAAAUUAAAAAUUUUUUUAUGUUUUUAGGGUAGUUGGUUCAGGCUAGAGGUAAAAGACGACAAGGAUAUGGCAUUUUUAGAUUAGAUCGUGAUUUUCUGACCGUUUUUGACUUAUAAUGGGCUGUUUUGCUAGUUUUUGGCUUCGGCUGUCCGAUUUUUGUCGAUUUUUAGAUCAGCGGUGCCUCUUUACUCAUUUGCCUUGCUAUACCGUGCCAUUCUGGCCAAAUUUCCAUUAAUCUUACAUAAAACUUAUCCUUAGUGUUUCAGAUUCGUGCAGAAACGGACGAAAAAUGUCAGACACAAAAGCUAAUUGCCAAUUACUAUCGGCUCAACAUAUCAGCUCCAUUCGUUUACAUCUACGACUUUUUUGUCAAACAAAACGGAACGAUAGUAAGGAAUCCACAAAAGUUGAGAGAGCUCUUCUACAAAGUCAUGGCCAGUGACUGGAAAUUAGAGAAGUAUGUCAGCCGAACAGUUUUUGACGAACAGCACACGAUAUACAGCAUGGAUCAACUGCCAUUUGUCACAAAGGCUUUCAAAUUUGGCAGCAUGGUAAGGCUCAUAGUAAAUAUUGAAAAAAGAGCUUAAAUUUAAUGAAAUUUUAGUUAAAGUGCUUAAAUUUGAUGGUUUAAAGGGCUAAUAAUUUGAAAAAAGGCAAAAAUUUAGAGAAAAAUUUUAAAUUUAAACCUUUUUCAAGGCAUUUUUAGUUGUUUAAAGUAGUAUAAUAUGUUCUUUUGGUAUGUAUGUUAUUGUACUGGGAUGAGUUUGAGAUGAAUUUUACAUUUUAUACAAUUUCAGACAGUUACUAUAGAAGAAAAGGGACGUUUAGAAAAGAAACGUGAUGGCAGCUUAAGGCCAGAACAUGUUGGAUUGUACCAGGCUGUGUUAACGAACAGAUUAAGGCAGUAAGUAGUCUUUUGGUAUCAUUUGUGGAUUUAAAAGUAGUACCCUACCCCCCCCAUUUUUUGAAUUUUUAAGAUGGGUGGGGGAGGGUAGUCAAAAAAUUUUUUUUGUUUUUGAAGAAUUACGAGGACAUGAUGGGUGAAUAAAAAUCGCAUUUUGAAGCCCAGGGGAGAGCAGGGCAGGUAUAUUAAGUCAUUCAAAUAAUUUCGUGCCCUCUCUCAAAACAAAUUUUUGGGGUUAAGAAGGUCAGAAUUAUUUGAAAAAUCUGGUGUUAUCGUUUUUAUUUUUGUUACAGUAAAUAGUUUUUCUGUUACAGUGAUUCAUCGCAUUUUGGAAAGGCACCAUAUGGAGGUGUUCGACUACUUCCUCAGCGUUUUUCGCCUCGACAAGAGGUCAAAUAUGGCUGA